AUGACAGCUUCAGGCGUUCUUCAGCGUUAUUUCAGAAAACUUCUGUUAUUAUUUGCAAUAUCACAAUUAUCAAUUUCAUUAGAAAUUAUAGUUGCCUAUACAGAUAGUAAUUAUUCAAAUUCUGGCAAGUGAAAUGAAACCUCUAUUCUUGAAGUGACUCAAUCGCUAAAUUCCUCAAUUGACUGGCACAGAUGCGAAAUUUCAGUCAUUGCUGAGUGUAUAGACAAUUUUCCUGGCUCAUUAAUUCUCCUUGAUUUAUCCAGCAAUUUAGACACCCAAAACAAAAUUUCCCAAUUAUGCAGCAGUAGCUUCAUAAUUCACCUAGUCCUAGAAAGCAGUUUGAAAUUUUCUGACGACUGGACUUUUUCCCUAGCAUCAUCAAAAACUGACCAAAUAAAUGCGUUUUUAGCAGCUCUAGGCUAUUUGGAUUGGACGCAAGGGAUUGCGUUUUAUAAUCAAGAGAAUUAUGAUUUUAAAGGAAAUGUUGAAAAUUUUUCAAGUAAAUUUAAGUUUUUAGCAGUUGAGGAAAAAUCAAGCAUUGAAGAACUUGUAAAUAAAGUCGUUUUUCGAGAAGGAGCUACAGUGUAUUGUGUAUUUUCUCAUACCUCAGAGUCACUUGAGAUCCAAAAGCACUUAAAACAAGCAAAACUAUUAUCAGUCGGUAAUGGAAUCAUUCUAAACCAAGAAAGUGGGCAUCAGUGCCAUACAGAUGGAGCCUUAAUUAUUACUGACUAUGGGCAAGAAUUUGUUGGUUCUCCUGAAGAAUAUUUUAAAAAUUCUAUUAUAAAUGUCAUUUCUUACAUUUUAAGCCAUAUUUCAAAGGAAACUACUGAAGAUCUCCUCACAGUGCUUAAAAAUGAUCCUGGCAAAAACAAAUUUUCUUUAGUCAACAUCCAGAAUGGCAAAAGAAUCAUUGUUGGAGAGAUUAUAAAUAACAACGUUUUUAUUUUAAAUAAUUUGACUUUUCCUGAAAAGUCAAGCACAAUUCCAAAAUCGACCAAAAAAAUUUUGAAUUUAAGCAUAAAUGCUGGGCCCACAAACCCGAAUGCACUGCCAGCCACAAGUGGAGUAAUCGGCGCCAGAGGUGCAUGGAUAUCAAGAGACGAAAUAAAUGAAGGCCGCAGCAUUUUAUCGAAUUUCCAGCUUGCGUUUUUUAAUUAUGACUGUGGAGCUACCGUCUAUAACGCGAAAUUUGCUUAUAGCUGCUUUUUAAAAGACAUUGAUAAAUUCGGCUUAGGUCAUAUUUCAUCGAGAGCCAAAAAAAGUCUCCAAAAAAUAAUCCAAGGAAUCCAAGAAAAUCCAAGGAAUUCCAAGAAAAUCCAAGAAAAUCAAAAAAAAAUAAAAAAAAAAAAAAUCAAAAAAAAUCAAAAUACUCAGAAAAAAUCCAAAGAUUUCAAAAUAAAUCCAAGAAAUCAAAAAUAUCUCCAAAAAAUCAAAAGUUAAAAUCCAAAACAUCCAAAAUCUCCAAAAAUCUCCAAAAAAUCCAAAAAAUCCAAAAGAAUCCAAAAAAUCCAAAAUUAAAAACUUCAUAAAAUUUGAAAAAAUUACAAAAUUUAAACUAAGAUAAUAUAACCAUCAUAAACAUAAAUAUUAAGCUUUAUGGUUAAGAUAUAUUAAUUAAUAAGCAGUCUGAGAGGAUAAUCAAUUACUAUAUUGUUUUAAAGUCUGUGAUACAAUAGAACAUAAGGCUUUGCUUUUCCAAUACAUCUUGUUAUAGUUCUGUCGAUUUUUAACAAAUUACCAUCAUUUCUCAUCCCAUCAUGCAUAAAGGAGCCUGUUAUUGAGUUGAAUUGGCCAUUAAUCUUUAUAAUAGGGCUUUUAACUAGAGACGUAAAAUGUGAGUGCUGUUCCAUAAUAAUUCCUGCCAAAGUGUACUUCACUGUCUUACAUUCUAAAUAGUUAAUUUUUUGUAAAUUUAUUUGACUUUCGUUUUCGUCUAAAAAUAUAAAACAAUAUAAUGGAACCUUAAUAUUUUCUGGAAGGACACUAUCUUUGGCUUUGCAAGAUCUACAUUCAGUUUUAAUUUGUUUAAAUUUAUCUUCAAGAAUUUCAUUAAAUGAGCUAUUCUCAGCAAUUCAUCCUAUUAGUGGAGGUAAUCUAAUUUUCAGUUGUUCACAGUAAUUGCACGCCUUGCAAGCAAAAUUCCAAUGAUAACAACAGCAGAACUCAUCAACUCCAUUGAGGAGAUUUAUCAAAGUCGAAAGCGAUCCCCUCCAUCCCGCAUCCUUCUUUAAGUCUUUCGUUUUUAUUGAAGAACUCAUCAAUUGCUGUAUUUGAUAAAUUAUUUAAGCCCUCUACUGCAUUUAAAAUGUCUGCAACAAUUGGCAAGCUGACAUAAUUAUUUCAGAAUUCUUCUUUUUUGUUACAAAUCGCUAAAGAAAGCAAUGUAAAAAAGGCAUCAAAUCUGCAAGAAUUGUUAUGUCAUUUUAUUCAAGGUAAUUUCUCUAAAGAUGGUGCAAUUUUCCUUUUCUAUUAUUAUUAGAAGAGAUUGGCACAGAUACAUGAAUAUCCUCAUUUAUACCUUUUUUGCUUUUGAUCAUUAUUGUUUGUAGUGGCUCCCCUUUGGACUCUUCAUUAUUAGGAUGCAAUUUUUUAGGCUUUAUUGGAGAAACUUUUCCAUUUGCUAUGCAUUCAGAUAUUUUUUCAUAAUAUUUAAGAUAAAACGACUUCAAAUGCUCUAUAAAAUCGCUUCACAUAUAAUUUGGAGAUCUUUUUGGAAAAUGAUUUUUUUAUUUGAGCAUUUAAACUCUCAAGAACCGAGUUUGAUUCCUAUCUUUGAUCUUUUAUAUCAUUGUAGACCAAAAUAUUGUCUUCAACCAAUAUUUUUCAAUUCUUUUCGUAGUAGUUUAAUAAUUUCAAUUGUGGCUCUCUUUCAAAUUCAUUCUUCAACUUUAAGAGUGUUGCAUUCAAAGAAUUUGGCUUUCAGCAAAUUUGAAUAAGCUCUUUAAUGAUUUUAUUUGUUUUAUCUUCCACUUCUUUGUUAUUUUUAGGCAGUAAUAAUAAUUUUUUUGCCUUCCCUGUUAAGGCUUUGCGAAAAAUGAAACAGACAGCCUACAAUUUUUUUCCCUGGAAAGCAAUUCUUCACUGCAAGCAUGAGAGAUUUUUCAAAGUUAAUUGUAAAUGACUCAACUUUUAGCUUUAAAGAGUUCACCUGAGUUAUAAGUUUUAUCUUUUCAAAAACUGCUUGAUAUAGAAAGGUAUGCUUUGAAGACAUUGCAAUAAAACAAGUAGGCAUGUAAUGCUGGCUUUGAGGAUCUAUAAUCAGAAUAGUCAGUAAUUGAUAAAACCCUGCAGGAAUAACUUUGAAUGUUCCAUCCAUAUAUCAGUGCACACUUUCUCUUAGAUGAGAUAGCUGUCACUUAGUUGCUCAAAUUAUAUAAUGAUAAAGAUCUCCAGAGUAAUUAAUUGAUGAUGAUCUAAAAAAUGAAAUUCCUUGACUUUGGAUUGAACUUAAUAUAUCUGGCGCAAGUCUCCAAUCAUUUAGUCCAGCUUCUUUCUUGAUAUUUUGAAAUAUUUUGGAAAUUUUUAUUGAAGUAAAGUUCUUAUAAAGCUCAGGAAACUCUGCUUCAAGUCUAACAUUAAUUUCACUCUGCAAAAUAGAUGGAUUAGUAAAAAUUAAUUCUCUGACUUCUUCAAUAACCAUUUCCUCUAUAGAUUUUAGUUGCUUUUCUUUACUUUCACUUAUCAGAUCGAUGUUUUCAUGAUUAUCAUGAUUCUUAAUCCAGACAAAUUCAAAAUGUUUCAAAAGGGUGGGUUUUGGAUUUUGAUUGAUCCAUUACAAUUUUUAUGAUUACAUUGGUAAUAAGUCCAAUCCUUUGCGCGAUAUUUUAUAUUAAACACAAACUCUCCAACUUGUAGUUUAGUGUCUUCUCUUAAUCAAUCGUAAAAUUUCAAAUCCAUAUCUUUUUAUUUAUACACUAGUCACUUUAAAAAAUGAUUUUGGAUUAAAAAUAGAAGACUUUAUUAAAUUUUCUUGAUUAGCACAUUCAAAAUUACCUUAAUUCUCUAUUAAUUGAAAUUAGUUAAUUUUUAUGUGUGUUGAUUUUUUGGAGGAAUUUUGGAUUUUUGGAUUUCCUUGGAUGUUUUUUGGAUUUUUUGGGUUUUUUUGGAGUUUUUGGAUGUUUUGGAUUUUCACUUUGGAUUUUUUGGAUUUUGCUGGAUUAUUUUGGAAUUCUUUGGAAAGUUUGGAUUAAUUUGGAGAUCCUUGGAGAUUUUUUGGUGAUUUUGGAAAAUUCGUGGAUGUUUUGGAGGAUUUUUGGAUUUUUUGGAGAUUUAUUGGAUUUUUUGGACUUUUUUUGGAUUUGCCAAAGGGCCACCCAUAUUUCAUCAUAUGGCUCAAGUAUAGCUGUUGGGGCAUUGCAGACUUUUAAAUCCCUUAAUGUGUCUUUUCCUGUUGUGGGGUGCACCAAUUCUGAUGCUUCUUUAAAUGUGACCCAAACCUAUCCUAUGUACACCCGAGUCGGUUUUUCCACAGCUUAUGCUUCAUCAUUACUCUCAGUUUUAAUCAAAGUUAUGGGAUGGAAAAAAAUCGCGAUUUUAUACCAAAACGAUUUAUGGGCAAUUUCAAGGUCUUGGUAUUUAAACCCAGCUAUCGCAAGUCAAGGCUUAGAAAUAAUGAACCCAGAAAGCACCUGGUACAUUCCUGCAAAUCUUGACAGAACCACUAUAAAAAACUACACCAAUGUUUUUCAAAAAAUCAUAGAUUCCCAAGCAAGAUUAUUGAUAGUAACGGUACAGUCUCCUAUGUGCAAUUUUGUGCUAGAAAUUUUAUAUGACUUAGGCAUGAGAAAAGGCGAUAUGCUAAUUUUCGCGACUUAUUUGGAUAUGCUGACCAUUAUUGGGACUAAUGACACUUUUCUAUAUAAAAGACUAGAAGUUGGAGUUCCGAUGUUUAGAAUGAUACAACAGAAUUGGGUAGGGGAAAUUGGGGGAAAAGCCAAAGCAAAGGUCAUGGAAAUCUAUAAAGAGCCUACAAAUGCCUUUACUUGCCCUUAUUAUGAUGGAGUUUAUCUUUUGGCUCAUGCUUUGGACUAUAUGAUAAAUAGAGGGCAGGAUUACACUGACGUUAAAAAGCUAGAAGCAGUCAUAAGGAAUCAGCAGUUUCAAGGAUGCACAGGAAGGGUGACAAUAGAAAAAGGGACGAAUGACAGGAUUGUUGAUGGGUGAGAUAUUGAGGUCAGUGAGGUCGAUUUAUCUAGUAAAAUUACCACAAAAUUUAUAGGUAAAUUAAAGCCGUUUUCUUCGCAAAUUUUAAGUAUCACAAAUCCUAUUGUUUAUCCUGAUGGAACUACCAAUAAGCCAAGCGAUUUAAGGAAUGAAAACAGCAAAUGCCCAUUCCCUGAUAAAGAAAUAAAAACUUUUGAUAAAGGAAGAGGGCUGCUAUUCGGAAUUUGCUUUGCAGUUGCAGCAAUUUCUCUUGGUAUUACAGUGAUAAUAUGGAAAAAAUGAUGAAAUAUCUCAAUUGAAGAGCUAAAACAAAAAGAAGAAAUUUCUAUAGAGGACACAAUAGUAGCGGCUUCUAUUAUUAUAGAGUUUUUCCAAUAUACUGCUAUGGGGCCUGACUUCGAUAUUAUGAGCUCUGCUAUUGCAAAAAUUUCUGAUGCUUUAUCAUUAAGUCUAUGGGAUAUUUUGAAUUUCGAUAAAGGGACUUUUUGGAUUAUUGUAGAUAUUGUUUUUGGAGGGGUCGGGGUAUGGGCACUUCUUUGUGCUGUUGUUUUGCUAAGGUUGGACGAGAAGUGGAGGGUUUUUUCUGUUUUUAGGUUUUUGUCAUGGCUUGCUGACUAUCUUAUGCCUAUUUUAGGGAAUUUGUGCUUUAUUCCGUUUAUUUCAAUUUGCCUUGAUAUUUUCUUAUGUGACCAGUCAAUUGGAGAUAAUUUUACUGAUAGCUUUCUUGCAAAAGUUUUUUAAAAAUUAUAUGGUUAAUCUGGCCAUAAGCGCGCAGCCCAAUACCAUUUGUCUCGUCGGCUCCAAAAGAGCAUCUGGAGUUCAAAUGAGGAAAAGGAAAGCCACCAUCCUGAAUGUCCGAACCGAGCUCUUGGGCAGACAUAUCAUCUGAAGAAUGCACCGCUGUCCCACAAGGAAGCACCAGGUGGCAGGCAAAAUCCAUCUAGCCUAUCUGGUAGAGACAGUAGCCUUCAGGAAGAAGCAAAAUUUCCUUCAUGGCAUUCCCAUAGCCUGAAGGCCUACUUCAAAACGGACAGAGCCCUGCUUUCAGCUUCAUCAGGAUGAUUCCUUCCUGCGCAAACAAGCAUUGGCCUUGAAAUCCAAUUUCAAUCAACAUCACCAUUUCUUUUUUUUUCUUGCAAGGGAUUGCUAUUAUUUUUGUUGGAAAAACGAGCAUUUAGGAUAUGCAAUAGGUUCAUUUCUUGCAUUACUUUUAUAUGUCCCGUUAGCAAUAUUUUGCAGGCCUCUUUGGCAAGAAUUACAGCACAUGCUUCACGUGAAAACAACUCCACUAUAUUUGAUGGUAAAAAGUGUUCUUCAGAUUACUUUAAUUGUGAUGAAUAAAACAAUAAAAAGAUCUCAAAGCAUUGUACACGGAGUUUUAUUUGUCAUUGUGAUGAUUAUUUAUAUUAUUUUUACAUUUAAAUUUAAGCCAUAUAAUUAUCCAAGAUUUAGCUGAUGGGAAGAAUUAAGCUUGAUUGGAGUUGUGUGGCUGGCUUUGUUAUCUACAAUUGCUAUUGGGAUAAAAGAUAAUUUUGUUCCUUUGCUUGUCGUUUUAAUAGGUGGGUGGCUUAUCAUUGUUGCUAUUGGAUUAUAUUUUAUUUAUUUAAUUAAAGCCAGAAUUGAUAACACAUUUUAAGAUUUUAAUAGAAAGCAAGAGCCGUGCUAAAUUAUGAAAAUUAAAUAAAUCAAGAUUAUAUGUUCAAAAGAAAAAAUAUCCUAGCUUAUUAUUUAGAAAGAGGGGCAAAGAUACAUCUACUUUAUUUAAGUUUGCCUUUACUUUUGGAAAAGGCGCAUUUUCGAAAAAAAUAAUGCCGACUGAGAUCAAAAGUGCUGACUAG